AUGGCUGUGAACCUUUCCAACAACACACCAUGGGUCAUCCGAUUUCAUAUUGACAGUGAAUCAAGGCGUCGCUUCAACUAUAAAGAUGAGAACAAUGGGUUGAGUCCUAUCACAGGACAUUGCCCUUUCAACUCACUAUCUCAACAGCUUCUACCCAUUGUCUUUAUAUCUCUACUUUUAUUCUUAGGAUUUUCUUUCAUGUCAUCCAGGUCAUCAUCAGCAGAUCACCGCAUUGUUGAAGUUGACGGGGACUUUCUUCCUUAUCCAGCCACAAAACUUGUCAUCACUCAAUAUCUCGAGGCUUCUUCUGAUCCCCCAUUUUGGGCGUUGAUCGUAGUUGGUGCCUUUUUUGACCAGCACGAGAAUACGAUCUGGAGCACUGAGCUCUUUGUCGCGCAUCUUGACAUUCAGCUUGAGUCCGACGACUCUAGCGAGGGAGAGAGCGAGUGGGAGUCGUCAUCGGGGCCAGAGGAUGGAAUGUACUUUACCCUUCAUGUGAUGGCCAUGAACCUAAGCACUGACUUCUACACAGAGGAUUCUACGUCCGAAUUCGAGGCACCGACCAUCGCCAUCGCAGAACCAGCUCGAUACUCAGCUCCAAGGAUUAAUAGCCAGUCCGGACCUUCAACUGCCUCCUUUCAUCCACCCCAGAUUUGGGCCUCUCCUCCAAACCCCCAAAACCUUGCUUUGACUGGCAGUUGGGGUUACUGGAAUCCCACCUCUUACGGCCCAGCCCCUGGUCACUGGCUGGCAUCUUUUGAUCACACUUUAGGCCCUGACACCAUGUCUGGCGGCUGGAAUCCCAUGACUGGCCGCGACGCAAUGGGCUCAGGCCAGCGACCUCCUCUGGCCCCCUUCGGUGCGCCAGUAGCCGUCAAUGGCGAGGCAUAUAUCCCGCACAUGGGGGCUGGCCCCGGGCAGGCGGUAUUCAGCAACGUCUGGACCUAUGGAGGCGUGGGCAGCCUCACUCCUGCUGUCCAGUAUGCCGGUGUUUGGCGGCCACCCCACGCCUACCCCAACAUCGAUCCGCACAUGCCGGCAGCGCAGAUGACCAACUCGACCGGAGGAGUCGGCUGCGAGCCGGGCUACAACUUCUUCUUCCCCGCGGAGACCACCAAGUGCCACAUCUUCUACUCGGAGACGCCCCCAUGGCAGCUGCCCGCCAACGCCUCCGUCAGCUUCAAGGCGGCGCACAUACCCUGCAACACGCUGCUCAGCGAGCUGCUCAAGGGCUUCGGCUGCACCAACGAGGUGCCCAAGAAGAACCGGUGCGUGGAGGUCGUCGCCGGCGGGAACGGCAAGUGGUACAAGGGCAUCUCGUUCAGCGGCGCCGACAAGGACAUGCUGAAGAAGACAAUCAAGGACGUCGGGUGGGACAAGACGCGCUCCGGCCGUGACGGUGAGAAGCCGGUUGUCUGCCUUUGGUUCUGCAAGAACUGA